CAUGAUAUGAGGAACCCAGUUACAAUUUCUACUCCUAUCUGCAAAUGAAUAGGCCCAGAAAGAUGUAAGAGACUCUUUGAAUGGACAUAAAAAUUCUACUUGUUAAGAACAAGUUUGGCUCUGGUGACCAUGGAGGCUGGUGGCCUCCCCUUGGAGCUUUGGCGCAUGAUCUUAGCCUACCUGCAUCUGCCUGACCUGGGCCGCUGCAGCCUGGUUUGCAGGGCCUGGUAUGAACUGAUCCUCAGUCUCGACAGCACUCGCUGGCGACAGCUAUGUCUGGGAUGCACCGAAUGCCGCCACCCCAACUGGCCCAACCAGCCUGAUGUGGAGCCUGAGUCUUGGAGGGAGGCCUUCAAGCAGCAUUACCUUGCCUCCAAGACAUGGACCAAGAAUGCCCUGGACUUGGAGUCCUCUGUCUGCUUUUCUCUAUUUCGCCGGAGGAGGGAACGCCGUACCCUGAGUGUUGGGCCAGGUCAUGAGUUUGACAGCCUGGGCAGCGCCUUGGCCAUGGCAAGCCUGUAUGACCGAAUUGUGCUAUUUCCAGGUGUGUAUGAAGAGCAGGGUGAAAUCAUCCUGAAGGUGCCUGUGGAGAUCGUAGGCCACGGGAAGUUGGGUGAGGUGGCCUUACUCGCCAGCAUCGAUCAGCACUGCUCCACCACACGCCUGUGCAACCUUGUCUUCAUGCCGGCCUGGUUCUCACCCUUCAUGUUUAAGACAACAUCGGGUCAUGUUCAGUUUGACAACUGCAACUUUGAGAAUGGGCACAUCCAGGUCCAUGGCCCAGGCACCUGCCAAGUGAAGUUUUGUACCUUCAAAAACACCCAUGUUUUCCUGCACAAUGUGCCCUUGUGUGUCCUGGAAAACUGUGAAUUUGUGGGCAGUGAAAACAACUCUGUGACUGUUGAGGGCCACCCAUCUGCAGACAAGAACUGGGCCUACAAGUAUCUACUAGGGCUUAUCAAGUCUUCACCCAGCAUACUCCCCACAGAGGACUCUGACUCUUUAAUGUCCCUAGACCUGGAGAGCAGGGACCAGGCUUGGAGCCCAAGGACCUGUGACAUUGUCAUUGAGGGCAGCCAAAGCCCUACCAGCCCAUCUUCUACCUCCCCAAAGCCGGGCUCCAAGACUGGCUCACAGGAGGCAGAGGUGGGCAGUGAUGGGGAAAGGGUGGCCCAGACUCCAGACAGCAGCGACGGAGGCCUGAGUCCUAGUGGUGAGGAGGAGGAGGACCAGCUCACAUACAGACUGUCCUACCAAGUGCAGGGCCCACGCCCUGUGCUGGGGGGCUCCUUUCUCGGCCCACCACUUCCAGGAGCAUCCAUUCAGCUGCCCAGUUGCCUAGUGCUGAACUCACUGCAGCAGGAGCUGCAGAAGGACAAGGAGGCCAUGGCACUGGCCAGCUCUGUGCAGGGCUGCCUCAUCCGCAAGUGCCUCUUCCGGGACGGGAAGGGAGGUGUCUUCGUUUGCUCCUAUGGCCGAGCCAAGAUGGAAGGAAACAUCUUCCGGAACCUGACUUAUGCAGUGCGGUGUAUACAUAAUAGCAAGAUUGUCAUGCUCAGGAAUGACAUUCACCGCUGCAGAGCGUCAGGCAUCUUUCUUCGCUUGGAGGGCGGAGGCUUGAUCGCUGGCAACAACAUUUACCACAAUGCGGAGGCCGGCGUAGACAUCCGGAAAAAGUCCAACCCACUCAUUCUGUGUAACCAGAUCCACCAUGGCCUUCGUUCUGGCAUUGUCGUCCUUGGCAAUGGGAAAGGCAUCAUCCGGAACAAUCAAAUCUUUUCAAAUAAGGAGGCUGGCAUUUAUAUCCUGUACCAUGGAAAUCCAGUCGUGAGCGGGAACCACAUUUUCAAGGGCCGUGCAGCUGGCAUAGCAGUGAAUGAGAACGGCAAAGGCCUCAUCACAGAAAACGUCAUCCGUGAAAAUCAGUGGGGAGGUGUAGACAUCCGCCGUGGAGGCGUCCCGGUCCUCAGGAGCAACCUUAUCUGCUUUGGCUACUCAGAUGGUGUGGUCGUGGGGGAUGAAGGCAAAGGACUGAUAGAAGGAAACACCAUCUAUGCUAAUAAGGGCUGUGGUGUGUGGAUGAUGUCGUCCAGCCUGCCCCACGUCACCAGCAACCACGUCAGCUACAAUGGCCUGUACGGAGUGGCAGUGUUUAGCCAGAAGGACGGUUCUGGGGAGUUCCCUGGAGGUCAUGGGGCCCAGGAGAACUUCAGCGAGGACGGAGAUGCCAUCCUUUGGGAGACCGAACUGGAGAAGGACGAUGACCCACUGCGCCGGCCCGUCACCAUAGCUCUUGUUGAGUCUAACAGUAUUAAUCACAAUGGAGCCUCAGGCCUCUACGUCCAGAGCAGUGAGGCGCUGCACGUCCUCACCAAUGUGAUCCACGCUAAUGGGGACAGAGGGAUCACCGUGGCCCAGAGCAACCAGCUCACCCGCGUGGCCAACAACAGCAUCUCCUGCAACCGCCAGAGUGGGGUCAAGGUCGAGGCCCAGUGCAAGGUGGAGCUCCGGGGCAAUGGUAUCUAUGACAACAGAGGCCAUGGCAUCAUCACCAAGGGCGACAGCACCGUCGUCAUUGAAAAUGACAUCAUUGGCAACCGGGGCAGCGGGCUGCAGCUCUUGCCCAGGUCCGACACGAAGGUAAUAAAGAACCGGAUCCAUUCAUUCCGGGCCUAUGGCAUUGCAGUGCGGGGCCGCGCCAAGGCCCUGGUGCAGGAGAACAUCAUCUUCCAGGGCAAGACCAGCAAGACCAUUUUUCAGCAGAUCUCCAACAACCGAGAAUGCAUCCUACAAAACAAUAAGUUCCUGGUGUUCAAGAAAAAAUCUGAUACAUGGCGCCUGGUGAACCCACCGGCACGGCCUCACCUUGAAAGCUCUCUCCGAGGCCCCUCUGCAGCCCACAGUGGGCAGAAGGUGACAGCCAUGGCGACUAGGAUCACAGCCCGUGUGGAAGGUGGUUACCACAGCAACCGCAGCGUCUUCUGCACCAUUCUGUAAGGAUGGGAGCCGCGGGGUGGGGCGGCUGGAGGGCUGUCCACACUCCGGGAGCAGCAACCCCAUACCCUGCAUUCAGGCUCUGAUGGAUGUUCAGUCAAGCGAGGAGGUAAAGGCAAUAUCAGGAUGGAAGCAGCAGCAUCUGAGGUCCUCCUACUCACCGUACCCCAGAGAAAACAGGCUUCCAGGCUUCCUGGGGACUGAGAAAAAG